UGCAAGAACAAUGUAGUCUUCCCUAUUUAUUUUAAGUUUUAAAGGGGGUUACUUGUUGGAUUUGUUGCAUGCCUUGCAAGUAUAUGCUUAAAUGCUCUAUACAGAUGGCCAUGCAAGGUUUCACCAAGAAAAUUGUUGAUAUGAUGAAGACUGAAUCACUUUUUGCUUCUCAAGGCGGUCCAAUCAUCCUUUCGGAGAUUGAAAAUGAGUAUGGGCCUGAAAGUAAGGCAUUUGGCGCUGCUGGUCAUGCGUAUUUAAACUGGGCUGCACAAAUGGUCGUUGGGUUGGGAACUGGUGUACCAUGGGUUAUGUGCAAGGAGAAUGAUGCCCCGGAUCCAGUGAUAAAUACGUGCAAUGGUUUCUACUGUCAUAGUUUCACUCCUAAUAAACCUGAUAAGCCUACCAUGUGGACUGAAGCUUGGAGUGGUUGGUUUACAGAAUUUGGAGGCACCAUCCAUCAAUGA